GCACACCGGGUGCGUGCACGCAGGGGGCGGACGCGCGUUCGUGUAGUGUGCUCUGAAAGUUAGGUCCGACUCCAGGGGAGCGCUGCGUGCCGACAGGCAACAUGGACGAUCUGGAUGCUUUAUUGGCCGAUCUGGAAUCCACUACAUCUCAUAUUUCCAAGUGCCCUGUGUUUUUGUCCGAAGAAACCCCAUAUUCCUUUCCCAGUGGUGGUUAUAAUACAUAUCAGGAAAUCUCUGUGUCGGCUGCUCCAGCCAGCGAGGCUCUCAAUGGCACAGUCAGUGAUUCAUUGGAUUCCUGGAAAGGCAGCUCAUCUAAAUACAUCCAGCAGCAGACACCCCUGUACAGCUCCUCAGCCUCCAAGGAGGCUGUGGGAUCUCCCAGCACCGGAGAAGAGGAACAUGUGUACAGUUUCCCCAACAAGCAGAGAUCUGCAGAGCCAUCGCCCACCGUCAUGAGCUCAUCUCUCGGCAACAACUUGUCUGAGCUGGACCGUCUUCUCCUGGAACUAAAUGCUGUGCAGCAAACCCCAUCCAGCAGCCUGUCUGCAGAUGAUCUGAGCAGAACCCUAGCUGAACCCACAGUGCCUGCAACUCUCUAUAGUGCCUCAGACAGCUCAGUGUCUGCAAGUAUGAAGAAUGUGCCAGCCACAAAAGAAAAGCCUAAACGUAAUGGUGCCCGUGGGAUCGAGGAUGUCCGUCCUAGUGUGGAGUCUCUUCUAGAUGAGUUAGAAAGCUCUGUGCCCAGUCCAGUUCCAUCGAUAACCGUGCCGCUGGGUGAGAUGAACAACCCGCAGCGAGUCACUUCUAGUCAGCAGCAAACCCGGAUCUCUGCUUCCUCUGCUACACGUGAGCUUGAUGAGCUGAUGGCCUCUCUGUCUGAUUUCAAGACUUGCCACACCUUUUCUGAGCCAAUUUAUGACGUUUGUAAAGGCAAUCCUAACAUGCCUACUGCCCAAAGCUCAUUGUGUACAACACCUUUGUGCACAAUGUUGUGCAAUGGAAAUGAUCUCCCACCAAGCUGCAGUCCUUCAGUCCUCCUGCGUAUAGAUGAGGAAGAGAGUUCUGCUUUAGUGGCUCCUCUAGACAAAGAGCCUGUCUCACUUGUUUGUAGAACAGGAGUAAAGGAUGCAGGAUUUGUACCUGGCAGUGACCAAACUGUAAGUAGCCCUUGCAGCCCCAUAUACUCAAAUUUUCACACGCCUUUAGCAAGCUACAGGGGUGUUCCUGGUCUCAGGAAAGAAGACCAUAAUGAUUUUCAUUUGGCAUAUUCACAAGAAAAGCCUACAGUUCAUUCUGAUCGAGUACAUGAUAAAUAUCCGUGGCAACUGCAAACUACGUUACCUGAACAUGCUAACUCUGAAUUUGUAAAACGUAAAGAGAAUAUGAGUUUGGAUCUGAAUAGUCUCACAUCAAAUGCGAAAGAAUUACAGUAUUCAGUUCUGGAAACUCCAGAUGCUUAUAAAAUGAAUCAAGAUCAAGAGAAUUUUAAUUCUGAAAUGGAAUUACUAAGUAUGCAGGAAGAGGUCAGUAACUCUAAUGGGGACUGUGGACAUUGCAGGAGUGAAAAUCCUCUACUGCAUACCAAUACGUUUGAAUCGUCUUGGACAGAGGAGACACAACAAAUUCCGAUUCCCGAGAUGUCUUCGCGGGAAAGGAUCUCUGCUUCACGACAGAUGAAAUCUGUUAUUAAAAGGACAAAAGAAACUCCCAAUGUACACCCCAUGUCCCGUGAUUUGUCCCCUCGGAGAAAAUAUGGCCCAGCCAUAUACAACAAAAGCCACACUCAGGACCGUCUGAUUGAAGAGCUGCAUGGACGCUUUGGAAUAGACAAACAAGAGACUUGCAAGAGCCCAGAGGAUAACUGGCUGACAGAAGGAGUGAUCAUCACAUCUCGGCCAUCUAAAAAUAUGGAGCAGCCAGAACAGAGGAUUGAGAAGAUAAUUAUACCUCCAGAUUCUCCACAGCUUAUGAGAAAAAUAUUUCCAGGCACAUCUUCUGUUGGCUCAGUUGUUGGAACCAGAUUAGUAUCUAAGUCGACAUCUCCAGCACAGCCACCUUCUUUCCUCCCUCCUCCAGCACCUCCAUUGCCCCCUCUAUCAACUCCAUUCCGUUCCCAUGCCUUUAGUACAUUUCCCCCUCAGCCCUGGACCUCCAGGAAAAGAUAUAGUGAUGAUUACCAGGAUUUGUCUCAGACUGUCCCAGCUCAGGAAGACCACGUACAACCUCCUCAUGAACAGAUUCCCGCUGGCUGGUUCUAUACUACCUCUUCUGUGAGAUCUUUGCCUCACCGCAAAACCUGUGUCUCUGUUGGCUGCCAGACUGACGAUAAUCCACUAUUUCCACCAAUUCAGAUGAAUUCAGCUCUCACCUCUAGCGAUUCUUCAUUACUUGCCACUCGCCCUCCUCCAAGUCCCUCAGUCUCUGACAAGGCAGUUGUCUCCUUCUGUUCAAGUCUCCCUGGGCCAAUGUCUGAAAACAGAAACUUGAUACCUAAUGGUGAUGCCAUCGAUGGAUCUUCCAUAUCUUUUGUUUUAAACACUGAAUCACCCUCGUUCAUGGCAGGGAAGUCUGUAAGCAGUUCCCCUCCCUCCAACACACCCAAGCCUGGCAGCCAGCUGGAUAACAUGCUGGGUAGUCUGCAGUCUGACCUCAAUAAGCUGGGGGUUGCAACAGUGGCCAAAGGAGUGUGUGGUGCAUGCAAGAAGCCGAUCGCUGGUCAGGUUGUCACAGCGAUGGGAAAGACUUGGCACCCUGAACACUUUGUGUGCACACACUGCCAGGAAGAGAUUGGGUCCCGCAACUUCUUUGAGAGAGACGGACAACCCUACUGUGAGAAGGAUUAUCACAAUCUCUUCUCCCCACGCUGUUUCUACUGCAAUGGGCCCAUCCUGGAUAAAGUAGUGACUGCUUUGGAUCGGACAUGGCAUCCAGAGCAUUUCUUCUGUGCACAGUGUGGAGCAUUUUUUGGGCCAGAAGGUUUCCAUGAGAGGGAUGGAAAAGCUUACUGCCGCAAGGACUACUUUGAUAUGUUUGCUCCUAAGUGUGGUGGAUGCACUCAUGCUAUCCUUGAGAACUACAUCUCUGCCUUAAAUACACUCUGGCACCCAGAGUGCUUUGUCUGCCGGGAAUGUUUUACCCCUUUCAUCAAUGGGAGUUUCUUUGAACAUGAUGGGCAGCCAUACUGUGAAGUGCAUUACCACGAGCGUCGGGGUUCUCUCUGCUCCGGCUGCCAGAAGCCCAUCACUGGCCGCUGCAUCACCGCUAUGGGAAAGAAGUUCCAUCCAGAGCACUUUGUCUGUGCGUUUUGCCUGAAGCAGCUCAAUAAAGGGACAUUCAAGGAGCAGAACGACAAGCCCUAUUGCCAGAACUGCUUUGUCAAGCUAUUCUGUUAAGAGAUCAAUGCACUGUAUCCAUACAUUUCAUUCACCUGGGUGGGUGUGAGCAGCUCUUUUUCUGGAAGCGGGUCAACCAGGGUGAUCUGGAACACUGGUGGGGAGGGAGCUUCAGUUUGUUUUUCUUUAGUGAAGAGAAAGGUUCUUCACUUAUUCAAUAUUAAUCUCUUAUUAGGUGCUUCUGUAAGGGUGGCACUGCACCUGGCCUACUCCGUGCAAUUAAAGGAACAUCUCACAUUGCCGGCACGAGACCCUUCAUUAAAAAAAGAAACCUUGAACUUCUCUCUCUUUUUUUGUUGGGUAUACAAUCCUGCUACUGACAUGACGGCACAUGCUGAUGGCUAUUAUAUACCUACUAGUGAGAGAGAAUUUUUUUUUUACUAUGCAGCACAUGAAGGGUCUCAUGUAGACACUCCAAUGCACGAGUAUUUUAGUAGAUUGGAAAGGAGUAUGUAUUAAGCCCAACCUUGCAUUUAGAAAGAAGCAAGAAUGGAAAUUGCACCUUUUGAGCUUUAAUUAUAUGGAAAGACGUUGCUGGUAUAGAUAGAUAUGUUUGGGAAUUGCAGCAAUAACCUUUUUUUUUUUUUUACUGACAGUUACUGGUAACUUGUCUCCUAGCUGGUGAGCAUGUGAUUUCUCACAGCUGACCUAUUUUUUCUUUUCUUUCUUUUUUUUUCUCUUCGCAUUUCUUGCCUUUCAAAUAGAAGAGCAGGAUUUCUUAAAGUUUAAUUAACUAAUUUCAUCCAAUUUAAUGACAAAAUAAGAGAUUUGUUUUAUAUAAAUGACAUAUAUGCAUAUAUUACAUAUAAAGCCAAUUAUUCCAGUGGGACUGGAUUUAAAUUUUCUUUCUGAUUAGUGCUUUGAUUAAACCUAGCUAACAUUGCAGUAUUUUUAGUGUGAAAUUACUGUAUUAACACAUUUUGAACAUUUGUGAAUUUUGAAAACUGUAUUGCAAAUUUCAGUCACAUGUGGAUGUUUAUGCCAAAAUACGGUGGUGUGUUUCUACUGACCACUCGGUCUGUAAACGGUUUUCUGUCCUUACUCCAGUUACCCGUGGUAAUCUGGGAAGGCCAUUUUGUAUUAAUGCAGUUUAAUGGCAAUUAGAUUGGGUUCUAUAUUCAAACCAAAAUUCUUAAGGGGAAAUUAUCAUGGAGAAAACACAAUGCCAGGUAAGCAAUAGAUGCUUUUAUUCAUUGGUGCUGCAAAAGAGCACAUGAAUUCAUGAUGAAUUAGCAGCAAUCACAUCUAGACUGGGUUCUGUUUGCUGGCCUGCGUGCAUUCUGUUUUCAUAGGAUUAUGUAAGGAAUUACUGGGCUCUUUGUAAUUUUUUAUGGAUGGCUAAAUCUCUCAUCUUUGGUUAAAUAUAAAAGUAAAGAAUUCAGUAAAUAACCUAAACCACAUUUUGUAUUUCAUUACCAUAACUUGCAAUAAGGUGAUAAUUUCCCUUUAAGGUUUGGUAUUAAGGUUUUAUGUUUGAGGGGGAUGUAUUUUAUUUUUUAUUUUUUCCCUUGGGUUUUCUGCAUGCACUGUUCAUACAAGAAAAACAACCAACAUGACAUUUUCAUUGCUGGUUGAAAUGCCAAAGAUAAUGCAAAAAGAUAAUGUGUCCAAGCUGCCUUUAUCCAGGAACACUUUGCUUGGCACAUAACUUAUUGUAUGGUUAUUACUCAAAUAAAAAAAUGUAAAAAAAAAAAAACUAUAUAUACACAAUAUGUAUUAUAGGCGCCCCUUCUAUACUGUUGUGCAUUACAGUCCCUGAAGUUAAACUUUACUAACAUACUAAUAAUUUUACAUUAAAGGGACACUUUACAGCAGAAACUGUAAUUCAAAGCUGUAUGGUAAAGUGAAAAGGCCUUCUAAGAACCAACAAACCAGCCUUCAAAGGUCCUUUAGCAAAAUGCAAUAUCCCUCUGAUUUUAUGAAUACAGGGCUAUAUAGAGCUGUAAAUGCAAAACAAGGAGGGCAGUCAGUUAGCAGAGUCUUUAGGGACUAGAUUGCAAUCCAUAAGGAGUUAAAGUUGUAUUGGAACAUAAUUUUUGGUUGUCUGUAAAGUAUGUGAUUGGGUUCUAAAGUUCCUUGUGCAUGGGAUACAGCACACUCCCACUUGGUGCGUCACCUAUUGCUCACUAUCAAGUGGUUUUAUUAUAAUUAGUCUUACAACAUGGACUUUACAUUUGCCAAAUUUCGCUUGCAAAACCUCUGAUUAAGCUGUACCUUACAGGGAAUUAAGUUUGUUUGGGGACACUUUAUCUAUUUGUCCAUCAAUAACCAACUGUUCAGUCUGUAUAGUGUGGGGAGCUAUGCACGUGUCCAAGUGUCAUUGAAGUUAUUUUAAUUUUUAGUAUUGCAGCAGGAAAUCCAGCAAUACAACAUUGUAUAUAUUGAAAGAAACACAAAACAACUUUUUCACUUUUAUAUCAAUGUCCUUUAUGGAAAUUUCACAGGGGUAAGUGUUCCUUUAAUGGGAUUAGUGCACAUCCAUGCUUUGUUACUGGGUCAAAGAGUUCAGCUAACCAUUUUAUUGUGUAUUCAUAAUAAAUUUGUAUCUUAAUUACCUCAUUUUCUUUUAAGUCUGUAGUUUAAUUCAACAUUUUCUUCUGUCAUGCAAAGUAACCUGAUGUUAUGGUCUCAGAAUAAGUUAUCUGGUUUCUAGACUCACCAGCAUUUGAAAUCAAAUUUGGAAAUGCAUAAAUUGCUUAAGAAUAAAAUAAACUAAAUAGUAUUUUUGCUGAA